AUCUCUACCAUGUAGAUCACUUCAUGGGGGCGAUAGGAAACUUCUGCCCAGAGCUCAUCAACUGCUCCUCCUUCAAGAUCGGACCCGAGCGGCAGCUGCCGGGCGGCGGCGCGGGCUUCCAGGUGCAGGUCACCGCGGUCAACGGCGGCGGCGCGACGUUUGACUUUGUGCUGCUGCGGCAGGAAUGGGGGCUGCGCAAGGGCAGCUGGCAGACCAAAAGCCUCACGCGGUCUGAAGCGCAGGCCUAG